ACAAAAAUAGAAUUACAAAGAAUGAACUUCCCAGAGAUGUUGCUGACUGAUCUGCUCAUUGAUUUAAAAAACUUACUGAAAAGAGAUAAUUACAAUGGUCAUCUGUUUGUUCGUGGGGAAUUAAAAGCUUUGUGUACCAAAGAGGGCACAUUUGCUUGUCAAGGACAGUACAAUGCCCCUAAGUGUGAUAAAGCUCAUACACUUAAUCCAUAUCUUAGUAGUGAGCAUCGUAAAGUUUUCAGCACUUGGAAUCUUGAUCACAGGAUUGAAAGAUCCCGCACUAUCAUUCCAGCAAUAAUGAAUGCUGCUAGAGAACUUCCUGUGAAGUCAGUCAUAAAUUCAGACUACUUCUACUCAUUACUGUUUACUUCUAAUAACCUUGAACUGGUGCAUAUUGCUUGCCAUGACAAAUCUAAACAUGGUGGGUUCCACUGUGAUAAAAACAUGUUUUAUCGAAAAAGCUAAUUUUUUUUGUAUAUUGAGGACGGGGGUUAUUAAUUACUUAUUGAAAACUAAAAAACAAUUUAGUACAAUUCUUAGAUUCUUAAGCACCUAUCACUUGUUUUUUGUUUUUUCUCAGUUUAAGUAUAUUUGUUGAGAAAUUCCAUGAAAUUGAUUUAAGUCUUUCAAGAUGUUAUUUUCAUACUCAAGUUUGUUCUAAUCAAAACAGGUUAAGAAAUCAAAAUUUUAAUCAAAUUCAAGCCAUAUGAUACACCAAUUACUUUACAGGAUAAUGGUUGUAUAAUGCCAAAAUGUUGACUAAUAUUUAACCAAACAAGUUAUGAAUACUUGUGUAACAAAGUUUAGAACAUUUUAUAAUUAGGGCAGAUAAUAAGUCAUUUGUGAGUUCUUUCAGCAAGACCAUUUCUGUGCCAGUUUCUAAAUUUCAUUUUUCUGAAGUUUUAAGUUUACAGAUCUCAAGCAUUUUUAAAGUUUUUAGAAAUACAUGUGGUCUUUUUCAUGUCUGACAUAGGACACAUGUAGUAUCAAAAUUUGUUGGCCAGUAAUGGUUGUUUGCAUAAUAUUUUAGUUUUUUCUCAUUGUUACUUUGCUGUUAAUAUGUGUGAAUAGGUUGCGGUGAUCAGAUAUUAAUUUUUGUCAUGGUUAUUAGUAACUUUUAUGAUCAUCUAAGUUUAGUUAUUAUCUAUUCACUAUUUUUGUUGUUAUUAUUAUUAUUGCUAGAUUAGUAUCUAGUAAUAAUAAUAAUAAAAAAAUUAGUAACUUUUUAAGAAUUAACCUUAAGUGAUGAUAUCAUGAUGACAACUACAUUUUUCUGUUGCUUUAGUACAUAUAGAUGUUGCAAGAUAUAUUGGAGUUUGUUAUGCUCAAUCCUGCUAAUUGUUGUUAGAAUAUUUUAUGCUCUGUUCUGAGUACUGUAUGAUAGCAUUCUUUGGCACGCUCUGUCUUGAUUAUUGUUUGGAGCUCUUGAUGUGCUCCUACCUGUUUACUGUGUGUAAUGUUGUUUGGUUAACUUGAUGUUACCCUCCAUUUCAUUACUGUGUGUUACCAGUAUUGUUUGAGCUAGUUGGUAUUAUUUGUGUUGUUUAUUGAUCUGUAUAUAUCUUUGGAAUAAUUGUUACUUUGUUCUAUUCAACUUUUGUGUUAAUUUUGUUUAUAAUAUUUUGUACAUCCUCACAUAUUUGCUAUGUGUUAAAUUGUUAUUUGGAUUAUUUUGUUUUAUUUAUCUUGUUUAUUGAUUGUAAGAAUUUCGACUGUUAUAGUGUAUCCUGUUUGUUGUGUGUUAGCACUAUUUGAAUGGUUAUUACUGUCCACUCUUUUCACUGUAUAUUAUCUAUGUUGUUUUAAAUAUUUGAUACAGUACUUUUAUAAUUGUACAUCAGGACUGUUAUUCAGAAUUUCUUAAGUCAUUUUCACUGUGUCACGUAAGUAUUCUUGUUUACAUCUUUCUUACACCACCAUUUCUCAUCCAGAGGAUUCAGUACAUUCAAGACUAUUCAAGGCCAUAAUUAACCUACUCUCACCAUGAAAACACACCAUAAAUAGUUUGUCUAAUUUAAUAUUAGCAAUAUUAUUUAAGAUAUAUGGUACUCCUAAUAGUGAUUACUGUAUGAUAGUAUUAUUGUCUUCGAUACUUCAUUUUGUGUUUUUUCAUUUAGCUUUUUCUGACAUUAUUGUUUGAACUGUUUAGUAUUAUCUAUCCUGUUUUUAUGUGUUAGAAUAGUUCUUUGCAGUACAUAACACUUCAUUCUGUUUACUUUAUGUUAAUGUUGUUUUAAACAGCCAUUACUGUCUAUCAUGUUCAGUGUAUUUUAGUAUUUUGUUCACUAUGUGUUAGCAUUAUUGUUUUAUGUAGUUAGUAUUGUGUGGUAUGUUCACUUUAUUUUAGUAUUGUGCAUAUGGAUGCAGCUUAUCAGCAUGCUUGACAUGCUUUUGCACACCAAACAUUUGAUAUAUCUCUUACAGCUGUAAACCAACUCAACAGAGUACCAGGUAUGGAGCAGUUCAUCCAGAUCCCAGUUGCUUCUGUACUGCUAAUAUGUACCACAACCAUACCCAGUCACCGCAUUAGAACAUCUGUUCCUUCACUCUCUGAUCAUAACACUUCUUCUGGUGUUGCAUUGGAUUUUCAAGUUGUUUUCAGGUGAACUCCCCUGUUGACCAUUGUCAAUCUCUGCCACUCUACAUGCUCAUAAGGGCAUUGGGGAAUUGUUCCUUGUGGUAGGGCCAUACAUCAUUUCCACGGAAAGUGACAUCUCCUGUACAAACAUGAACAACCCACUGAUCCCUGUUCUGUGCACCAUUAUUACAUGUGGCAAAUAUUCAUCCCUGUCAUUUCCAUUGGGCCCAACAAACUUUGCAAGCAUCCACUUUUGACAGUUUAUACUUCUCAUUUUGCUAGAGACUCAGACUAAGAGUAAGAAGGUGAAGUACAAGUCUUCACCACACCUAUUACCUUAUACAACUCAGUAAACAAUUGGCUGUUGAAAUUAGGCUUUGUGGAUUUCUUCCAGGUCUCCAAACCAUAUGGUCCAUUCUCAACUAAUGUGUCUGCCACAGUCUGCACUAGUGUGUCAGGUAAGAGAUCAAAUCAAAAUCAAAUAUCUUAGCAGGUAUUUCGUUUUAUAUCUUUCAGAGUUUACUAGAAACCUUGGAAGAUAACUGAGAGCUCUCAGAAACUUCUUGUUUCUCUUCAUCCUACUCACUAAAAUUAGUUAAGCUAUACAAUGAAGAUUGAAAAUUUUGGGCUAAAGGCCGAAGUUUUUAAACACUUGAUAUGGUCUCAUGACAAAGAUCUAUGUUAAUUUAACAUGGUUGGGUGAUUUAGUAAUAUGGUGGCUGUGUGUGAGAAUUAGCAUGGAUAAAGGCAACUCAAGAUGUCGAGGAAAGCUGUGUAUGCAGAAAUCCAGAAGCCAGAAGAAGGAAGGAGAGAUUAUGUGCUGCUGGCUGAAUGGACCAAGACUCUAACACAGGUAAACAGUUCCAGACUAACCUGCAAUCUAGAAAUAAAAAUAAAAGUCAUAGAAUUUGGAUAAAAGAAAUGGGAAAUUUUGAUUAAAAUUCUGAACAACCAAAUGGGUGUAGUGCUUUUAGAUCAGAAUUAAUAUGCCUGGGCUGUGCACAAGAAGACCUGCAAGGAAAAAACAAGUCAAAGGUUAGAAAACAUGGGUUAAAACAACUGGUUAAUGUUUAAAGAGAAGACUAGCUAGCUGAGAAAGUCUUGGUCAUAGUCGUCAUUGUGGAUUGGUUGUACAAAUACAUUGGAAAUGUGUGUAGGUGGAGAAUAGUUUAGGCUGAAGGUUUAGAUUUCUGGAUAACGUAUGACACUGUCUGUUUCUUGGCUUUUGUCUUAGCUUGGGGUUUGGCCUGUAUUGAGUGAUGUAGUGACAUCUGUCAUGGUAGCUGAGUCUUGUGAUUCUGGAAUAUUCAUUUGGAUAGCUUGAUCUGAUGUUGCGGUUUUUCUGCUGGCUUGAGUUUGAGUAGACUGAUUGAUGGAAGACAGUGUGAUAUGUGGAGACACUCGAGUGAUUGGUUCAGAGUGCUGGUGUUCAGAAGUAGGUACUGAAAGUGGUGGGACUUGUUGAUGUGUGUUUUUUGGUAAGGUUUCUCAGCUCAAAAGUGGAAAAGGUGAAAGAAACAUCCAUUAAUGAGAAUGUAAUUAGUGGUUUAUUUAGAUGAAGUGACAAUUUUUAUGAAGUAUGUUGUCAUGCUGGAUGUCCUGGAGCAGAUCCAGUGGACUGCGUGGUGUUUCAUGUUGGUAGCUGCUUCUAUGGACUGCUGAAUCUUAUCGGGUGUGAUUGAUGAGUUGAUGCCUCUGGAAAAAAGAUCAGUGCUACUCUUGAGAGUUGUAAAAGUGACACAUGGAAAGGAGUUCCAUGGGCUGCAAAGGUAGGUAAGGUCAGCAUGGUUUGAAAGAUGGAGAAAAACUCCACCCCAUUGAAGGAUCCGGGUCAUGGUGGGGUCAAUUGAUACUCUGGGUUUGAAUUAAUUGAUAAAACUGAUGAUUUGGCAUUGUGAUAAGUCAUGUGUAAUCUGUCAAGGCUUACUGAAGAAACUGGCAAGGUUAUUGGCAUAGAUCUUUCGGGCUUGGAAAACAUCGUGACUGGUGAAAAACAUGUCUUACUAGCACAGCUGUUAUACUUGGAAUGAAAAGGGUAAGGGAUACACUUCAGUCAACUUUAUAAAGUAAUCAGUAACAACCAAACUAUCAGACUGGAGAUGAGAAGGUAAAGUUUUCACCACAUCUAACACCUUAAAAAACUCAAUGAACAGUUGGCUAUUGAAAUUAGUCUCAUGGUCCAUGGGGAUCUUUUACAGUGUUUCGAAUUGUGUAAUAUAUUAUCAGCUAAUAUUUCUGCUACAGUCUGUGCUAGUGUGUUGGGUAAGGGCUACACUUCGGCUCACUUUGUAAAGUAAUCAAGUCUCUGGGAAUGAAUCACCAAUGUCCAAAGCUAUCCCCUGUAGAAGAGAACCAAGAAUUCUCUGUUGGAGUUUGUCCUAUCUGUUGGUUAUUUCUUUGGAUGGCAUACACUGUACAGCAUUCACAACAGUUCUGAACAUUCUGACCAACUGGAGGCCAGGAAAACUGUCAUCAGAUGUUAGCACAAGUUUGCCCUCCAGUUGUAGUGUUGUGUAAAAUGUAGAGUGUCUCUUACUACAGAGUUCUUGGAACUGCUAGUUGAAACAUUGCUGCAGCACCCUGCAUCUCAAGCUGGUAAUGACAGUUAUAGCACAUCUUGCACUCAUAAUUGUCUGUACAGGUGCUAUAGAUUAUGUGUGUCCAAGCUUCACUUUUUCACUAGUGCUGGACAGGCUUGUCCUUGCUGGACUGUAAGGAGUGCCCAUACUAAUUCAAGGUCCUUCAUUUGCUCAUCUCAGAGCUCUUGAAGCAUUAGCUUUGUUAUACAUCCUUUAAUAUAGUCUGCUUUACGGUUUGUUGCAGCUAUUGCUGAUACAGUGGUGGUUUUAAUUUUUACACAGUAUCCACGAACAGGACAUUACACAAAUUGGCAGGGUAUUGCCAUGUGGUAAGAUAAUCCUUCUGCUAUUUCUUGUUGUUGGUCCAGGCAAUGAAUCAUGACAGUCAUAUUCUUUCAACAUUGUUAUCCAACAAUCUGUCAUCCCCACAAAAUUUUUAAAGUUUAUUAACCACAUCAGCAAAGCAUGUUCCACCUAUACAGUGAAUCUUCUACCAUACAUAACCUACAAAUAAUGGGUGAAAUACUUCAUGGAGACAACCACAACAAGCAAAUUUUUCUUUGUUGUGCAAUAUCUGCAUUUGGGGGACAUGAACAUUCGACUAGCAUAUGUUGUCACACAUUCCACUCUGUUCUGCAAAUCUAAUAGUACUUCUCUGACUCCCAUGUUCUUGGUGUCAGUAUCCAGGAUAAACUCAGUCCUGACAGUGAUAGGCCAACAUUGGAGCAUCCACUAAAGCAGAUUUUAGGAAUUGGAACAAUACUCACUUUGUCAAAGUUCUUCCACUUUUGUGAAAGUGGACAUUUGUGCUGGUAUCUUUGAGAAAUUGACCACAAACUAUUGAUAGUAUGUCAUGAAACCAAGAAAACUUUGGACCUCUUCUUUCAUCAUUGAUCAAUGUCAGUCUCACAUUGUACUAUUUUAACCAGGUCUGUUAAUACUGCUUUCUUCUUGACCACAUGGCUGAGGAGCUUCACUUCUGUUUGCAUGAGCAAACACUUCCUGGGCUCCAGUUUCAGACAUGCCUUUCUCAAGCACUGAAAUAUCAUCCUCAGGUUUGCAUAUGAAGUGCAGCCAAACACUAAAACGUUGUCAACAUAAUUAGACAUUUCUUCUACUACAGUUUUUUGAAUGUAAGCUUUAUCAGCCUCAUGAAGGUAGCUGAGACAUUACAGAGAUGAAAUGGAAUGAUACACAAUUCAUACAAGCCACUUCUCAUGCUAAAAGUGGUUUUUAAUCUACUUUCAUUAUCCAUUUUGACUUGCCAGUAUUUGGAUGCUAGAUUCAAGGAGUUGAGCCAUUAAGAGCCUUCUAAUGCAUCCAGAUAUUUAUCUGCUUACGGUACUGGGAAGCAUAAAUGAGAGUCACUAUGUUUACCCAUCUUGGUGUACUUUUCUUUUUGAUAAUCCCCACAGAAAAUGUCCAAGCACUCGAGAAGUUGUAUGAUGCCCUCCUGAAUCUUCUUUUGUAUUUAGCACUGGCACUUGUGACCUCUUUAGUGCUCUAAGGAAGUCGGCACAGCAGUUGCAUUAUUGAAUGUGCAUUGUCUGUGUCUAUAUAGUGCCGAGUUGAUAUCAUUUAGCCCAGUCAGCCAUUUAGUCCUACAAAUGCAUCAACAUAUUCACCCAACAUGUCACUGAGUUACUUUUGCUGCAUUAAGUUUAAGCUGCCAGCCUAUCAGGGUCUGUCAGUAGCUAUGUAUUUGCUCUUGGUCAUGGAAUGAUAGAUGCAACCCAAGUGUUACCAUCCCUAGCAUCAAUCAUUUCCACUUCACUCACCAUAUACCUAUGACCAUUCCAGUAUCCAGUUAUUUAUCCAGUCAUCGAUAAUUGCAAAGCAACACUGAAAUUCUAAAACAUACAGCUAUUACUCGACCUUCAGGGUUUCUUCCUUUGCCCAUCUAAGCAUUGGUCUGAUUUUUUCUCACUUGCUCCAGUCUUAAUUGCCUUUGGUGAUAUUUAUCUUGUGAUACUCUCCACCUACAUCAAUGUGUCCUCUAUCCUGGUAUUGUAUGUAAGCACCUCAUUCAGAUAGUGUUAUCACUUUUUCUCGACAAAGCAUCCCAAUAUUACACUCCUUUGGAGAUACAUUGAACGAUAUUGUGUUAUCUAUUUGAUUUUUGUAAAAAUUCUUCAGAUUUGCAAGCCGAUUUACAGUAUGAAUUCCCAGAUUAAUGUCUGGCAUGGAGGCAAAUCGGGGAGGUGGGGCCGCUUUUGGGUGAGACUGUCAGUGAUGUUAUUUGUAAUGAGAUAGAAUUGUGUAUUUGGAUCUUUGGUGGUCCCUCGGGCGGUUCUGAGGCUGCAUUUGAGGGCAAUUCACUUUUUCCUGUGCUUUCUUUUAGUCUGUUUGAUUUUCAGUCCCCCUGUGGGACAGUGGUAAGUUUAUGGACUUGCAGUUCUGGGGUCUGGGGUUCAAUUCCUUAGGGUGGACAUGGCAGACGGCCCAAAGUUGCUUUGCUCUAACAAAACAACUUUACCUCACAAAAUGCUGUUCCAAUCAACAGUAAUCAACAUAGUUUUUAAAUGACGUAUGAAAAACAAAGAGGAGGCCACUUUGGGAUAAGCUGUUUUUGAUUUGAUUUUCUUCUGUUGAAUCUUUGAGUGUGUGAAGUUUUGGGCAUUUCCUAGUUGCUUUUGAGCCUGCAUAUUACUUGAUGGCUGAAAGGUCUGGGAGUGAAUUUUUGUUUUGUUUUUUUUCUUCAUACACAAAUUUUGUGGUUCAUGCUGGAAGGUUUACUUCUCAGUAACGUGAAGGGACAGCUAGGACUUACCCGACACAAUGUCUUAACUUCGUGAUUUAGCCUUCCACCUCCAGGAAGAAGCAUUUUUCGACUCUAAAAUAGUACAUCUGCUCCUCAAAUUUUGGGAUUCGUAGGCAGAGUUUGUAGUUCAUGUAUAUAGGUCUAUGUCUCCUGAUGGUACAGAGUAAGUCUACAGACUUACUACUCUAAAAUUCAUCAGCAUUUUGUUUUCUUUUGUUAGAAGGCUAUCAGGAUUACCAACUUUAUUGAUGAUGAGCUGACUCCAUUCUUAGCAUGCACGUUGGGUCACUAAUUACAUCAGCUCCUACAGGGGGUCAUAGUUCCGCCCCUAUUCAUGGGUCCCGAUUUCCAACAUCAGUUCCUUGGUACAUUGUUACCUAGAACAGAUCCUGUCUAUAUCCAAGGUUUCCACUACUCGGUCGGAUCGCCAGCAGUGUCACUGCUUAUUGUAUACCUUUAGGGGCUGUGAGAGCUUGGUUCCAAGUAUUUCUGGUUCCAGUAGUAUUGCAGGUCCUUGUGUCACAAUUAGUUAUUCAGUUCACAUCUGCACCACUAUUAUCCACCCAACCUGUAGGGUUUCCAUCUCCUGCAGUUCAUCGGGAUUUAAAACUUAGUUCUAGGGUGAUCUGUGUUUGGUUGGUCUGGGGGUAGUGAGAAAGUCGUGUUAGUUCUUCAGAGUUUUUAUUCCUGUCAGUUGUUGGGCCUAUGCAGAGAGGAGAUUGGUAUCCAGUCAUUGAUCUUCCUCGUCUAUAUCAGUGUCUAGAUUCUUCAAGGUUUAUAAAUUACUCAAUCCUCAAUCUGUGUUGAUUUUUUACUGGGAUUGUAGAUGUCCAAAUUGGUUGUAGUUGGCUCCUAUGAGCAUUUUGACAAAGAGGUGGUAUCCCACCACUAUUGGCAUUUGUUGUGCAUAAGGAUCGGGUACUGCAGUUCUGUUUUUUUUCUAUCAGACUCGUAUAGCUCUCACGUGGGUUCUGCCAUAUCAUACAAGUUUUGUUUUUCUCAUCACCUUCAUUCCAUCAUACUGUGCACACACCAUUCAUAGAUGACUGGUUAUUACUGGCACCACCUCGUCAAUUGUCAGAACAUCAUAAUCAACUAAGGCAGGUUUCCCUUUCAGGACUGAGACAUCUAUUCUUGUUCCAACUCAAUAUGUCAUCAGUCUGGGUAUUUUUUUUCAUCUCGUCUUUCAGAUGGGCUCAGCUGACUCCCAUCCAGAUCAAUGCUAUAGAAUAGGAUGACUCUUACUCACCUCUGUUUCUUCCACUGCACAGAUGGUUCUUUCACUUUUAGUAAUAUGGGCAUCACUCAAAUCCUUGUGCCUUUGGGAUGAGAACACAAGUGAUUAUUUUAUUGGUCUUUAUGCAACCAGGAGAUCAUCAACAUCGAUUCACUGGUUCCCCAGUUUCCUUAGUUGGGAUCAUUCUUUGAUCUUGAGGAGUUGUUAAGUAGGGACACUACUACGAUAUAGGUUCAUCUACUGCCAUCUCAUCCAGAGUUCCAUCUCUUAACGAAGGCCUUGCUUCAGGGAUGGGGUGCAUAUACCAAAAGUCAGGAAUUCCAGGGUCUGUGCACAGAUGAAGAGGAUUCCCUACACACUUUUCUGAUCUUUUUGGCUCUACAACAAGCAAUGCUUCAUGGUCUGCGCUUAUUAAGAGGUAAAUCAUCGGGCUUCAUUCUGAUAAUUUCAUGGUGGUGUCUUGUGUUUCUCAUCAAGAAUUGUUUUCGAAUUUUGGGCCUCCCUUCUUGAAACCUUUCCUAUCUUAUCACCAUGCUAGCUUGCCAUGUUCCAUGGAGAUGCCUGUGGUAGCAGGUUAGUUGUCUCCAUCCAAACAGAUUCUACUGCAUCACAAGAUUCUGUUGUAUUGGCUCUAAUUUUGUCACUCUAAUUGGUGGCUUGGCCUCUCAUUGGAUCACCCAACUACUGGCAAUUUGGUUUCCAGUAACUCAUCUUCAGGCUUUGGCAAUAGAUGCAUUCCAUCAGGAUUGGAUGGGAUUAACACUCUCAACCUUCUCUCCACUUCACAUGUUACCCAGGGUAUGAAAUAUGAUUUGUUGCAACCCAUUAGCCAGAAUGAAAUCUGUAUUCACUGGCCAUAGCAGUGGUUUAAUUUGAAGGGCUUGGAAGAUUGCUAGGUCCGUCAGAGUUUUUGCUGCUCUGAUGUCCACCAGGAACUCUUGACUGGUGGAGUACACCCACAUCCACAUAUCUUCACCAUGAAAGUGUUCCUUUAAACUCAGCACACAAGAGACUGGGCUAGGAUUGGUAUGCUCCUCUUUCAAAUGCUCUCCAAAAAAUUCUAGUGUCACAGCUUUCUUUUCUAUCUAUUUACCAUAGUUUCAUAUAAAACUUAUUUCCCAACAAGUAUCAGACAGGUAAACUUGCAAUAACAACAAAUUUGAUUGAGAAAUAAGGGGAGUGUUCUGUAGCUUAUAACUUGACUGAAUUUUAAGUUGCAGAUAAACAGAUAUUGGACACAUUUAAAAGACAAUAAAAACAAUAUUUUGUAUACAAGUGGAUGAUCACCUCUUCUGGAUCAGUGAAAAGCUCUUUAGCUUUCUGUCCCUCAAAAUGAAUCUCUUUUGAACUAGUCAUGAUGAAAACCAAGUAGAAAUGAUCAAAGAAAAUGGGUUUGAAUCUAGAUGUAAACUCUCUUUUUCUAGUGAACAGUGUCACUUUGUGACUUGUAUUUCCCUGACAAUGUUGGUCAGUUUCAGUUAACAUCAUAAUCAGUCAGGUUAUGUGUACAGUAAGUAAUGAAACAUCCCUAUGGACAGAAUUGAUAUUACCUAAUAGAGAACAAAAGGUGAAGCAACUAGAACAGGAUGAUGUUGCCAACUCUGGACUGUGUGUUACCACCAUAACAGUGCAGAAACCAAAUAAUCAAUAACUUGAAACUAUUCUGUAUUACUCUAGAAAGUAGUAAACCCAUGAUAUGCUCACAUAUCACACUAUGUAUUACAUUAUUGUUUGUAAUAUGUAGUAGGUUAUCUGGUUCACCAUGUAUUAGUAUCAUUGAUUUAGUUACUUAACUGUACAUUAGCAUUAUUGUUUGGCCUUUUUGGUUUUGUCAAAUCAGUUUAUUAUGUGUUAGCAUUGUUAAUUUGAAUAAUUGGUGUUGUCUAUUCUGUUCUUUGAAAUAUUUUGUACUAUCUUGUUUACUAUGUCAUUAUUAUUUUAAUUGGGUUAUUUGGUAUUAUACAUCCCUUUGAAAUUGUCUAUCCUGUUUGUUGUGUGUUUUGUCAUUUUAAAAGUUGUCACUUUGUCCUCUGUUCAGUGGAUGUGUAUGCAUUGUUGUUUGGAAUAUAUAUAGUCCACUGUGAGCAUCCUGUCAUGUUAUCAUUGUGUUUUGAAUAUAUGGUACACUGCAUAUUAGCAAUGUUUAGAGUAUUUCAUGCUGUCUCUGUUAUUUGAUAUAUGUUACUUUUAUUUUGGGUAACUUGGUACUGUCUUGUUUUAUUCAUUGCUGUUUGGAGUAUUUAAUAAUCUUAUCUUUCGUACUGUAUGUUGUCAAUAUACGAAAUAUUUGGUGAUCUCUGUUCUGUUUAUGUUGUAUGUCUUGCAUUUAUAAUAAUGGAUUAGUUUGCCUCUUAAAAGUUAACAGAAGAAUGAAUAACCUAUGUGUUGUGAUAUUGUAGUAUGUAUGAUAAAACAACUUUGGAACAUUGCACUUUUGAGUUAGUUAUGAAUAUUUUUUAUUGUAUUAAGUCAUAAUAAUUAAAAGAAGCAAAAGUAAUCUAAUGAAGUAAAUACCAGAUGUUGUAGUUUCAUUAAAUAACUAAUUUCUAUCAUGUAAUAAUUUUUAUCAUAAAUGAGUGUAAAUUUUGUAUAUUUCCUUAAAUUUGUAUACCAAUUGCAUUUUUCUGUAAGAAAAAUUGUCAAUUCUUGACUUAUUUUAUUUUAUGAGAUUUGUGCUAAAUUUAUUUCUUUAGCUCAAGAAUAAAGAAGUAAACACAUUUUUCUCAAUAUUUCUGAAAAAUCUAUUUUGACAUUUGUUUCAGAAAAGUAUUUUGGAUAAAUUGCAUAAAGUUACAACAUUACUUACAGCAUCAACUUGACUAAAUAAUCAUAAAAAAAACAAUAAAAGAAAAAUUAUAUGCCAAAAAUAUUUUUGUUGUUAUCCUUUUGAUUGAGAUUUUCAUUUAUGGUUUAAUGUUUUUCAUUGAUGGUCAUUUUUCUGUACUUGAUAGCGUUUAAAAGUUUCACUAAAAUGUCAAUAUUUUAAUAUCACAAAUUUUGAUAACACCUUCUAUUCUCUAGAUUCAUGACCAAAUGUGAGAGAAAAGCAAUUACAGUAUUAAAAAAACAUUGCAUCUAUAUUCAGAAUUUUUUUUAUAUUGCUGAAAUUAUAGGUGCUCCAAAUGAUCAUAAGAAUUAAAACAAGAAUAUAUAUAUAUAUAUAUAUAAUUGAUGUCAUUGAUAUGCAUUUAGUAUCAAACAUGGCACAACACCUUACAAGAAUUGAAAUGGUGUUGAUAAUGUUAUGAUUUGAAUAUACUAGCAUAAAAUACCUGUGCCCUGCUUCAUGGUUCAAAGGACCCCUCAUGAUUGACAAAUACCCCAAUAUACUGAUCAAACUCCUCCAUUAUACCCACAUACUGCUAUAGCUUUUCACAGGAAGGUCUGUAACCAAAAUGAACUCUAUUAGAACACCCACCCAUGGUACCUGAGCAUGUGUGCCAAGUUUGGACCUGCUAGCUUUUAAUUAGGGGUCUGACCACUGUUUCAAACAUGGUACCCCAAGGGGACCAGGAAUACAAAAUCCAAUGCCAGAUUCAGGUUUAGCAACCAUAAAGAUCUGCCCUUAGAUGCUUAUCAUAAUUGGGUGACCUUAUUAUAGGGACAUUUAUCCACCCCCCUCCCCUUAGUAAGGAGGCAACACCAUAUAGAUAAGGACACCCUCAGGGCAUCCCUGGGGCCAUUUGCCAAGUUUGGUCCUGGUAACUCCAUAACUAUAGGAGUUAGCUGGACAUACAUACAAAGCUGCAUUCAUUUUGCAAAUUAUUUUAUUUUAUUCACAACAGUUGCGAGUUGAUUUUCCAAGUAAGUUAUUGUGCUCUUGUAGUUUUUAACUUAUAUGUAUAUAUUUUAACUGUUGAAAUUUUAUUGUUGUGCACCAGCUCUUAACAGCAACUUGUACUUUCAUGAGGAUCAUCAAAUGUUCAUAUUUCUUGUAUUCAAAUAAGCAUAUUAAAUUUUGAUUCCUGACUAUGUUAAGCAGA